ACCGCGCAGGCUGCGGGCGGCGCCGAGGGAAGGGAAGCAGCGGGGCGAGGGGCGGCUCGGCUAGGUAGCGCUGCUGCUGCCGCCGCAGUGGAUGUUUCCAUGUUGCUCGGUGCUUGAUUUAGAGGAGAGGAGGAGUUGUCAGCUGCAGGGAGCAGGGAUCCGCGCCGCCAGCGGCCCUGCCUUUCUUCUCCCCCCUGUGUGGCAUCGAGGCGGCUCCGCCUGCCCGCCUGCCCUGCGGCGGCCCCCGGGCUCUCGGAGAGUGCCUCUGCCCCCCGGGGCCGGAGCGGCGGCGGGGUGCGUGUGUGCGAGUGUACGUGCGGGUUUUAGGGGGGCUGGGGGCUGUGUCUGAACCAGUUAGGAAGAAUGACUCUGGAGUCCAUCAUGGCGUGCUGCCUGAGCGAGGAAGCUAAGGAAGCCCGGCGGAUCAACGACGAAAUCGAGCGGCAGCUGCGCCGGGACAAGAGGGACGCCCGCCGGGAGCUGAAGCUGCUGCUGCUGGGCACAGGAGAGAGUGGCAAAAGCACAUUUAUCAAGCAGAUGAGAAUCAUUCAUGGAUCAGGUUACUCUGAUGAAGACAAAAGGGGCUUUACAAAACUGGUGUACCAGAAUAUAUUUACAGCAAUGCAGGCCAUGAUCAAGGCCAUGGAUACCCUCAAAAUCCCAUACAAGUGUGAAAAUAACAAGGUUCAUGCACUGUUAGUUCGAGAAGUCGAUGUGGAGAAGGUGUCAAGUUUUGAGAACCCAUAUGUAGAUGCAAUAAGAAGUUUAUGGAAUGACCCUGGAAUUCAGGAGUGUUAUGAUAGACGACGGGAAUAUCAGUUAUCAGAUUCAACUAAAUACUAUCUUAAUGACUUGGACCGCAUAGCAGAUUCCACCUAUCUGCCAACUCAGCAGGAUGUGCUCAGAGUUCGAGUCCCAACAACAGGGAUCAUUGAAUAUCCAUUCGACUUACAAAGCGUCAUUUUCAGAAUGGUGGAUGUAGGAGGUCAGCGAUCAGAAAGAAGAAAAUGGAUACAUUGCUUUGAAAACGUCACGUCUAUCAUGUUCCUAGUAGCUCUUAGUGAAUAUGAUCAAGUGCUUGUGGAGUCAGAUAAUGAGAAUCGAAUGGAAGAAAGCAAAGCACUCUUUAGGACAAUUAUCACCUAUCCGUGGUUCCAGAAUUCUUCAGUUAUUCUAUUCUUAAAUAAAAAAGAUCUAUUAGAGGAGAAAAUUAUGUACUCCCAUCUAGUUGAUUAUUUUCCAGAGUAUGAUGGACCACAGCGGGAUGCACAGGCGGCACGAGAGUUCAUCCUGAAGAUGUUCGUAGACCUGAAUCCAGACAGUGACAAAAUUAUCUACUCUCACUUCACAUGUGCUACAGACACAGAGAACAUCCGCUUCGUCUUCGCUGCUGUCAAGGACACAAUCCUACAGUUAAACCUGAAGGAGUACAACCUGGUCUAACUGUGCCUGGGGGAUCCUGCAAAACCAACUUUCCGUGAUUGAAGAUACACAAGAGGGACUGUAUUAUAAUCUGUGAAAACAAUUUGCAUAAUACUAAUUUAUUGCUGGCCUGGACUCUGUGAAUGUCCACAGAGUUUGUAGUUAAUAUUAUGAUUUUAUUUAAACUAUAUGGAGGAAAAAGAAAAGAUGCUGAAGUACAUUCACAGCACAUUUCCUCAUUUUUUAGGCAAAAUCUUGUGACUCAAUGUGUUUCAAAUUCUCAGUCAUACAUUUACGAAGGAUAGCAGUUUUUUGCUAUUGAAGCAAAAUCAAGCUGGUUUCCUCUUUCCCUGACCCUUUCUCGUCCCCUCUUUUCCUUCCCCCCUUAUCUUUUACAAGGUACAAUGGCCUUUUCUUCCCCAGUUGCAUUCCUGGGUGAAAUAUUUUCUGUUGAGUGAUUUGGUCAGGAAAAUACUAUGAUCACAAUUUAAGUCAUCAGUCAUUGUAAUUUUACAGUAUGUACUUUCUCUGAAGGAUCAAAAAGUAUUGAUACUGUGAUUUUUAAAUUCUUUACAUGGGUGUCUUCAUUCUGUCUUCACUUUGAGACUAGAAGAUUUGGAUUGAAAAAUAGAAUUACAGUUGUCUAAGGGUAUUAAAUUUAUCCAUAAUUUUACGUUCAGAAAGGUGCACAGAAGACAAUAAUGAAAUAAUUAAAACACAGUUUGGGAUGUACAUGGAAUAUUAGAAUCUUUUUUUAGUUGCCAUGUGCCAUUUUUUUUCUCUCUUCUUUUAUUUACAGAUGCCAAAUAGAAAAGUCAGACACUACAUUUUCCCCAGUGGCUGCAGCCUGAAACAGUGUUGUUUUUCUCACUUUUGUUGGGUGUUUUUUCUUAAGUUAGAGCUUUUUUAGGUGUUCAUUUUCCACAGUAGAAAAAUUAUUUUUAUUGUACAAAAUUCAUGUUGCCAAAUCUGGCUUUUUAUAAAACUAGUGCUCUUGAAACAUAAGAUACUGAUUGAAAUGCCAAACAGAGGGGUUGGGAACUGACCUGAUUGAGUCAACUGCCAAAUGAUUAACAUACACAGUUUUAGCUCAUGUGUUCCCUUUUUUUUAGAAGGUGUUCCGUUUUCUAAUGCCAAAACCAACAAUGUAAGUGAAUAUGCUAUGAGGUGUACCGUGCACAUGCUUGUGGUCUACUAAUUUAAAAACAGUUUAGAUCUCUCCCUUUGUCAUUUAUGACAUGAUGUUGUUUUCUGUAAUAAUUCCAAGGCAUCUUUAGUUGUAUAAUAUAGAAGUAUUAAUGAGAGAUCAUAUUCAGGAACCUUUCUUGAUAAGGUUGCUUGUUAACUAAUUCACAGGCAUUUGAUAGGCGUUCAUGCAAAACAGCCUCUCUCAAUGUUCUUUAGAAAUUUAUAAAUGUAAAUGAAGCAGUGAGAAAAUCAUUCUUUAAAUUUAAAUGUGCAAUUUUUUUAACAACAAAAAUGCAGCACACGUAGAUGAGCUUUUAUUCUGCAGAUUGAAAGGUGUUUUUUGACCAGGUGCAUGAUUGCUAGCAAGCUAUAGAAAACGCAGAGUUCAGACUUGUAAUUGGAUUUAUUAUCUGCAAUGCCAAGUAGCACUGCAGUGCACUUAACACACAGAUUGCAGCCACACAGCAGCAGAUGGGAGGUGGAAAAAAAGAAUGGCUUAUUAGUUGAUUACCAAAGUUAACAAUAAAUACUAAUGAGAUGUUUUUCAUCCUUAACCCUCCCAAUUCCAAAACAACAGUAAUAAGAACAGUUGCUAUUUUUUGCUCCCUCUUAAAACACCUUGUAAUUUAAAACUGGUUGUAGGUAUAGUGCAAUUAUGAAUGCUAUAAUCAUUGUACAUACAUAUAUAUAUAUAUGGCAGCAUCCAUAUUGGCUUUGUAAUCAUUAAUUUUUGGCAAAUUGAAUGUGCUGUAUUGAUAUGUAUCUAUGUAAUUGUAUUGUAUGUCUUAUAGCUAAUUCACAUUUUAAAUAAUGUUAUUUUAUUUACUUUUUUAAGAGACAAGAAUGUAAAUUUUGUCAGUUUAUUUCUGACUAGGGAUUUGUUGUUUUUAUUUACAAAACAAAAUACUAUAGUACAGAGCGGUACUAGCAUCGUGCUGUAUAAAAUCAUUUCCACAUUCCUGAGUAGGAGUUAAUUGGAAACACCCACACAGAGGUCAUUCACAUUCAAAACAAUGCUUAAAUCUUGUCAGGGCUUUAUACAGCUGUAGAAAACAAUCUUAUUAGAGAACUUAGGCCAUUAUAUCUCUAAUUGGAACAUAAGCUUUAAAUAUAAAUUAAAUUUUUAUUUGUCACAUUCUUAUUAGGUUACUUUUACUUUUCUGAUAGGAUAUAUUAGAAAAGUAAAUUCAGAGGUAUUUCAAACCAUUGUAUGUAAGUACUAGUGCGUAUGCUGUUGCCCUGAAAAUACCAUGAUAAAAUAUAAAACAUCAGUUCAAUAAUCAGUCUUUCAGAAACUGCAGAAACCUUAUGAAUAAUAACAACAACCAAAAAGUCACUAUUAUUAACAUUUUUAAGGAGUUAAAGUGUUUUAUUUGAAAAGUGACACUGACAUUCUGAAUAGGGGAUCAGAGCGGUGACUCUUUCUUGCAUACAGCUUAACAAUAACAGGUCCUAAUCUUGCUAUAAAUGCAACAGAGCUUCUGUUUUCACAGUUCCACUGUUGAUAAUAUCCUGUCUUUCAACCUGGGAAUACAUUGCCCGCACUGGAUUCACUGCUAUAAAUGGAACUGUAGC